AUGAACCAUUCUAAAUAUGUGGGGUCAAUUUACCCAAGUUCACAAGAAUUCAAAGUGGCUCAAACUACAAAUGAACAGAAACUAAACCAAGCGGAAGUGUACUACAAAGAUGAGAAAUUCCUUAUUGUCAGUAUUACAGAGAUUAGCCCAACUCAAUCAUUGAUCAACUUGUUGAAUCUAGAUGGAAGGUUGGAUAACGCAUUGAUCAAUUGGGAAUGGUUUGACUUGGAUGAGAUAAAAUUCCCAAUAUCCAGUGAUCUGGAACAAAGCUUACCUAAAGAGCUAGUUGAAAAAUUCAACACCAAGUUCAGAUACAUUAUUGACAAUGAAAAAGUCAGCUCUAUUUUCGCUCAUCCCAAUAAACAAGGCAAUCAAGGUCCGAUUGUUGAAGAACAACACACUGAUACUGAGAGUAACACAGCUAGGUCACCAACACCUGAAGUNACAAGGCAAUCAAGGUCACCAACACCUGAAGUUCCCUACCAUCCAACUAACCUGACUUUUACUGGUGGCAACCCAUCCGCUGGUGCUGGUGCUGGUGGUGCUGCCGGUGCUGGUGGUGCUGGUGCUGGUGGUGCUGGUGCUGGUGGUGCUGGUGCUGGUGGUGCUGGUGCUGGUGGUGCUGGUGCUGGUGGUGCUGUAUCAGCCAAUGCACCAUUUACUAAACGACCUGAUGACAUGCCUGAUUUUGAAGAUGAAUACCAAAUUAAAGAUCAGGGACCCCCAGUCAGAGAUAACUUGGGACAAUCAACCAAAUUCCCUCCCAUCGGCAGUGAGGAUUUGAAUCCACCGGGAAUUCCAUCAAAUCCUACAUUACAAGGAUACAUUGAUCCAUUACGAGCACCAGGCGGUGGAGGUAUGUAUCCAACACCAGACCAUCCAAUUUUUGGCCAGGGUGCAGGUGGUGCAGGUGGUGCAGGUGGUGCAGGUCACCAUCAAGGUGUUGGAGGCAGGAGGGGUGUUCCUCCCGGUGCCAGAUACGAUGAUCCAUACUCUGAGGAUAAUUUGGACAAUUUAGGUCAAGGAUUGCCUCUGAACUUGAGGGGCCCUGGAACCAGUGGUCGUGGAAAUUUCGGUGGUGGUAGCAGUGGCUCUCCCUUUGGCAAUUUUGGACCACCAGGAGGCGGUCCUAAUUUGUAA